AUGACCAUUUUUAAAAGUUAUACUCUUUAUGUAUUUUUAUCUAUAUUGUUUACUUUGAUCAAAGCAAAUUCAUCACCAUUAAUUUUAGUUAGCUAUUUUGAUGGUGAUGAAAUAGACUCAACAAAUUGCAAAGUUAAUCAGUUAAUAAAAGCAACCAUAAUAAAACCAUUAGAGUGUAUCAGGUUUCAACAUCAACAUGAAUUUUCAACUUUAAAAUAUAACGAAAAUGACCAUGACGAUAUUAUAGUAGAAACAUUAUAUAAUGAUUUAGAUUGUAAAGAAUAUAAAGAGCAAGUAUUUCAUAGAUUAAAUUAUUGUAAUAGUUCAGCUCAUAGUUUUUGGGGCGUUGAGAAUAUUCAACUAUCGAUCAUCAAUGACAUUGAUAUACCGAUCAAUACAAUAGUUCAUGUUUCAUACAAGGGCGAAUGUAAUGGUCAAUUUAAAAACACAUUUAAAAGAAUCGACUAUCAAUAUACAAACUAUUGCUCUGGUUCAGAAUACAUCACCACUAAAUCAUCAUGCAACUCUACUGCUGAAAUAGUUCACACAUAUAAAGGCCCGUCCUGUUCUGGUACCCAAUAUCUCGAUCAAGUUUUCCCGUUUGUUAAUGAUUGCACAGAUAUUAAUAAUAACUAUUUACAAUUUUGUAAUAUUUAA